CGUAGUAGUAGCAGUAGCGUGUUCCAGGUCUUUUCUACUCACGAUGCUGAAGAUUUUAUUAUUCCUUCUUCCAGCUGUCUUGGUGCUUGCUCAGCCCGGAUCCUCUGUUCCAAAUUCACACAAGGAAUGGCAGGACUAUAAGCUAGAUCAUGGAAAGACCUACCAGGAUGAGGCCGAGGAGCUCUCGCGUAGGAAUGUCUACCACCAGAAUAAGGAACUCAUUCAGCAGCACAACCUGCGAUUUUCUAAGGGUCUGGAGACCUUUAAGCGGGCUGUAAACCAGUUCACCGACUUGCUGACCACCGAAAUGAAUCAAAUGAUGAACGAUUUUCGUUUCACCCACAGCCAUAAGCAACGUGGUUCAACCUUUAUAACGCCGGAAUACUCCACCCUUCCUGAGUCCGUGGAUUGGAGAUUAAAGGGCGCAGUUACCCCGGUCAAACAUCAGGGAUACACGUGUGGGAGCUGCUGGGCCUUUGCUGCUGCAGGAGCUUUAGAGGGUCAACACUUUAGAAAGACCGGAAAACUCAUCCCGUUGUCGCCCCAAAAUCUGGUGGAUUGUUCUGGCAGUUAUGGAAAUAAUGGAUGCCAAGGCGGCUUAGACUCAAGAUCUUUUGCCUACAUAAAGGAUAGUGGUGGGAUUGCCACCGAACAAUCGUAUCCCUAUAUGGGCGUCCAGCGAAACUGCAACAUGACCGACACCACAAUCGGAGCCACAAGUUCGGGUUUUGUAGAAUUACCCUAUGGAGACGAGAAGAAACUCGCCGAGGCUGUCGCUUUCUUUGGACCCGUAUCCGUGUCUUUUGACGCUAAUCAAACUUCCUUUCAUUCGUACUCCUCAGGAAUUUACCAAGAUCCCGCUUGUCGCACCCAAAAGUUUACUCACGUUGUCGUAGUUGUUGGUUACGGCACUGAGUCUGGUAAGGAUUACUGGCUGGUGAAGAACUCUUGGGGUACCAAAUGGGGAAUUGAUGGAUAUUUCAAGAUCAUACGCAAUGCUAAUAAUCACUGCGGCAUCGCCAACUAUCCCACGUUUCCUCUGGUUUAAUAGAAAAGUUUCCUUCAAGAGGAAUUAUUUAUUGUAUAUUUAUUGUAUUGUAAUUAUAAUAAUAAUACGUUACUUACUUUUUUAUACU